GCCCCGCACCAGCCAUUCCCCACCAGGAGCUCCCUGCUGCAGCGGCAAUCUUAGUGGGGCAAAUCGAGAAAUGCAACGCCAAAACACGGCUUUCUUUUUUCCAUCCCCGUCAUAGCCGACCCAUGGCCGGUGAGGGUCUAACUUUCUUCUCACUCACAACCCCCGAGAUCGAUCACGAUGCCUCCGAAGUCGACAACAACUAGAGGGCGCGGUCGGGGCCGGGGAGGAGCAGCGCGGGGUGCGGCCGCCGCUGCGGUCUCGCCGGAUUCUGUGCAGAUUCCAGAAGGCGAGUCAAGCAGCGCGGCAGCAGCAGAGGCGACCAAUCCGCCAGGCCCAGCGCCGGUUCCGGAAAUGUCCGCAGAUUCCCAGACGACGCAUAGCACUGCGGCACCGGCAACGGGGCCAACAACAUCCAGGUUACCAAGCAGCACCCCGGCGCCAGCCUCUGCCGGUCGAGGCUCGUCCGCCGCAAGCAAGUUCAAGCCGAAGGGCGUUCGCCGGAGCGAAGCCGAGCGCGCGCGCAUGGCCGAGGAGCAGUUGAGGAUACAAGAGCAGAGAGACGCCGAAGAGGCGCGCCGGCUAGCGCGACUCAAUCGCGGGCGCGCCCGGGGCCGCGGUCGAGGUCGCGGAGGGCUGUUCCGCGGCACCUUGCGCACCUCCGCCGCUGCUGGGCCGCUGUCGGCUGGCGUGAGCUUUGGAGGAGGAGGAGGCCCGUCGGGCUCCGGCGGCUACGCCUAUGCCUCGGGCUCUGGCGCUGGCUUCGCUAAGGGCGAGGGCGAGAGCAAACGAGACAAGGGCUUGUACGGGGUGUCGGGUAUCAUUGAUAACAGCCGAAUCAACGCCGACAUGCUCUACAACUACGUCGAAAUCUCGGACGAAGAAGACGGCGGCUCGGUCACGUCGACCAAGAAGAAGUCGAGGCCCAUCAUGCCAAUGGGCAUCCGGCGCGUGGAACACAAGGAAGAGGGCGUGACCAUGACGACCGCAGCCGAGAUCGAGGCCCAGGAAAAGGCGGGCGAGCUUGGGGAGGAGGAGUCGGACGAGGACGGCCUGUUCGUCAGCGGGGCUGCAGUCGGAGAGGCCGACGAGCCAGCCCGGGACGAGGGUACUCUGGAGCCUCAAUCUACCCGCGACAGCGUCACCGUUAAGAAAGAAGACGGUGAGGAAGGCGCAAUGGAUCUAGAUAAGAUCCCCGAGGGCAUCAAGGCGCCCGACUCGCCCGAGAUGAAAAAGAAAGUGCCGGUGAGCGAGCAGAAACCGAAGAAGAAAUCAGCUGCUCCGAAAGACCUCGAAAGCGAAAUCAUUUCCGAGGAGCUCCAGACUAUGCUUGAUCUCUUCACCGUCCAAGGCGACGACGCUUUGGGCGGAGACGGGGCCGCCAAUAAUGCGGCGCUGGAAGGGCACAUGUUCCUCUUCCAGUUCCCGCCCGUCCUUCCGCCGCUGAAGGCAGUGCCGCGGGACGGCGCGUCCAAAAACCCGACCUCGAUCAAGGCGGAGCCGGACGACGAUGUCGUCAUGCUGAACCAGCCUCCCGUCAGCAUCGACUUGACCCGGGACAGCGACAGGAAGGUCAAGAAGGAAGGCGACGGCGAGGAAGGCGGCGACGGCAAUGCCCAGGACGAAGGGGACGAGCUCAAGGAAGGCGGCUACCUGGGCAACCUGGUCGUGCGCAAGUCGGGCAAGGUCGAGCUCAGCUGGGGCGGACAGACCCUGCAGCUGAUGCCGGGCAUUCAGAGCAACUUCCUGUCGACGGCGGCGCUGAUCGAGUAUGCGGAUGUGAAGCCCGGCGACACGAGCCAGACCGCCGGGGUUGCGUACGGCAUGGGCAAGAUUCAGGGGUCGUUUACGUUGGCGCCGGCUUGGGCCGACGAGGAUGACUGGGUGGUUGAUCCAAAGGAUCUGACGAUUCCCGAACAGUGAGUGGGGGUGGCCGUUGUGACAAGGCAACGGCGAGGAAAAUCUUCCACUCGGUAGCCUUGGCAGUGUUUGAACGGCCCGACAUAGAAAGCGGCACUGUUUAUUUUGGCUAACUAGGGGGAGUAUCAACUGGUAAUGGGGUAGAGAGACGGAAAAUGGUUAGCAAAACAGCGGAAAAUGGUUAGCAAAAGCUGUUGGUUAGACGGACGGUGAACGGACUAGAUACCCAGAAUACAGCUCGUAUUCAAGACACGCCCGUUUUCCACCCACUCAAUCGCCCGCCUCAGUUUGACUUGUUUCACAC